CGCGAGGCACAGGGCACAAGGGUACCCUUGAGCUGGCAGGGUCGACCUACUAAUCCGGGCCGACAGUACCCAUUCGGCACUUCUAGACGAGUAGCGCCUUCAUAAACACAGACUUUCGGAGGUCCGCGCAGAUUUCUCAGGACGGCGGUGGACACACACACACACACACACAUCGCGCCUCUGGCGCCGCCGACCCAAGAAAUCUGGCCGAGCCUCCAAACACCUUGUGCUCAUGAUGUCUGCGAGUCUUUUGAUUGGGCUCUCUCUCUCUGUCUGACUCCGAGAUGUCAAGGUGUGCCAAGUUGAGCGGCCUCUCGCGGAUCGACUCGUCGAUGAGCUUCAGCUGCUCGUCGUAGGGCAGCGGGGCCAAAGAAAACUCCGCAGCCUUGUUCAAAGAGGAGGCGGAAAUUGUCGUUGGUGGCCUGCACCGAGCGGUGGAUGAACGGGUCGAGGAGCCGCCGGACCGGAUUCGAGGGGUCGCUGGCGAACGCAUCCACGGUCGUGGCCUGGAAGGCCGCCGCCAACUCGAGGUGAAGUCCUUCACGUGCAAGACCAGACUCCAGAAGAAUAGACCAUUUACUCUUCGAGAUUCGUCAUGCUGAGCAGCGAGGCGAUCACCGCCUUCUCGGCAUAACGCCAGCCCUCCAGCCGGUUCUGCCGAAAGGCCCUGUUAGCCUGGUCGUGGUUGUCCUCGCUGGGGGUGUAAGACUUCCCUCCAAAGUGCACCUCCUCCGUCUUGAGGCGGCCGCCGGCAAACGAGAAGCGGGCUCCGCCGCCCAGCUUUGCGUAGCCUGGGAGGGGCGCGUACUUCUCCAGCGAGCUGAGGUCCAAAUGGAAAGAGGCAUCGCUGGCCGUGUAGGUCAGGUGCGCGGAGAAGACGCUGUCGGUCAUAAGAACGCCAAGAGCCGAUGGAUCCUUGGUGUUGAAGCGGUGGAGGAGCCUGUCGACGACCCCGACGCCGUGCACGCCGUUGGAGGCGUAUUUGACGUCGUAGGGCCCGAACCACGAGAAGCCGCGCCAAGACGUCCUCGCCAGACCGUCGUUGUCGAAGGCGAAGCGGGGCUCCAUCCUGCGGAUCUGGUGCAUCGGCUCCCCACCGAGCACGUGCUUUUUCGCAAACUGGUACCCGCUCCCCAGCAGCUCGACGCCCCGAGCGUGGUUCUCAUUGUCUUCCCAGCUGGGCACGCGGUCGCCCGUGUAGUAGCUGUCAAAAAAAUCCACGGCACGGAACCAAAGUCCUCGCAUACUGCUGAUACGUUACGAUGCCGAGCGUUUCGCCCACCACCGGCUGCGUCCACUUCGGCUUGGAGUUCCAGGGGCUCCAGUGCGCACCCGUGAGCACUGCCGCCAUGCUCCUGAGGCCGGAACCCCUGCACAAAGUUCAUGUUCGGGAAGACGUAGUUGGUGCCCGCCAGCUGCAGGUAGAGCAGGCUGAGCGUGGAGGUGUGCGUGUGCUGCCGCCCCAUAUCCUCCCACAGUGUCCCCAGCUUCGUCCAGUCCAUCACUGCCUCGCCGACCUGCUGGAAUAUUCCCAAAAAAUUGCUCCAGACGCUGCCGCUCAGGUACUCGUCCGCCUGUCUGGCAUCCUCGUCGUGCAUCAGCUUGAGCGACUCGCACCAACAUUUGUCUUCCGGCAGCGUGUCGGGAUAAUACCGAUCGCCCCGCAGGUUCACGCAUGCCUGAACUUCACCAGUGAUGGCGUAGCCCCUAGGGCAUUUGCAGUUGUUCUCGUACCAGAACAGCCACGAGGACUUGCGCUCCCUGCCGCCGGCUGCAACCUGCAGCGGUCCAGGUCGGUCUCGAGAGACUCUAAAGGACGGCCGCGCGCUUCGCCGCGGCCGUGGGCGCGAGCGCCAGCACCGCGGCAGCCGCCAGCGCCGCCACCGGCGAGCCCGAGGCGCGCCCCCGGCGGCGAGGGCAUCGAGCCGCCAUGGCGGGCCACGGGCUGAAGUAUUUCCAAGACAACUCUGGCUCUUCGAAGAAGAGGACUUGA